AUGACGCAGCGACCUGUUGCUCUCUCUAAACGGGGAGCAGAGAUGGAAGCCUUCACCUUUGCCGUGACCACUCAAGUGGACAUACCUAUACGCAUCAAGAUUGGCUCGUUAGAGGGGAAACAGAAGCCGAUCCCAUACACGGUUCUUGAUGAGAACGCCGAGCUACGCCAUAUCGCCUCUGUCCAAGACCCUACCUCCGAUCUUUAUGUGACCGUUCAGCUAUGGUCGGAGUCGAAGCCAUUGGGCGUGCCCAUGAAGACCAAAUACAAGGCAUUCAAGACCACCCGAGUAUGGAAUGAAUGGCUGGAGAUGCCCAUGUCCAUCAAGGAUGCCGAGCGUAAUGCUCAGCUGGCAAUUACCAUUGUUGAUAUGUCUCCACUCGCUGCCGACAGGAUCACACAUAUCCCAUUCGGUGGAACUACAAUCACUUUGUUUGACGAAGACGGAAAAUUGAAGAUGGGCAGACAAAAGUGCAAGGUUUAUUUACACAAGGACGCAGACGGCUCUGCCGCAACCUCCACUCCAUCUGUUUUACCACCCAAGCGUCGUAAACCGAAUACCCGCGAUCCUUCACAGCAGUCACCUGAAGAGGCGGAACUGGAACGGGUCGAAAUCUUAAUCAAGAAACACGAGAUGGGCGAAAUCCCACGUGUUGACUGGAUGGAUCAAUUGCUCUUUCGGGAGUUGGAGAAACUGAAGACGAACGCGGAUGAAGCAGCUCAAAAGCGUGCCCUUGAGCUUGAUGCAGCCCUGCAAAAAGAUCCGAAACACCUCAAAGAUCAGGAUGAUAGCUCUGACGAAGAGAACCUCGAAGAUGAGUAUUUUGACCUUUACGUUGAAUUUCCACGCUUUGAUCAUCCUAUUCCAGUCCCGGAGGUACAAUAUGGACCUGGAAUCUCACACGCCGACCCCCAUAAUAUCAUUCAAAUUUACGAUCCGGAAGUUGGCCAAAUCGGAAACCCGUGUGAAGAUAAGCACCGGCGGUUGAUCCGAAGCCAUCGCACCGGCAUCAUGGAUCGUGACCUGAAGCCCAACCCAAAGAUCAGAGAUGAUCUCAACAUGAUUAUUUCCUACGAACCGACGCAAGACCUCACUGCUGAAGAGAAGGAUCUCGUGUGGCGCUUCAGGUAUCACCUUACACGGGAGAAGAAGGCAUUGACAAAAUUUGUCAAAUCAGUCAACUGGCGUGAUGUCGGAGAGUCGCGGCAAGCUGUUGAAAUGUUCCCUAAAUGGACCGAGAUUGACGUCGAUGACGCUCUGGAGAUUCUGGGUCCUACUUUCGAUAAUCCGGCGGUCCGUUCGUAUGCUGUGGAAACACUACGAAAGGCAGAUGACGAGGAGUUGCUUCUUUAUCUUCUGCAAUUGGUGCAAGCUCUAAAAUAUGACGCAACUCCGGAUAACCAACCUGAUGCGGCUCCGCAGGAGUCCUCGCUUGCACAUUUCUUGAUUUCCCGUGCGGCUAAUAACUUCAAACUGGGCAACUACCUACACUGGUAUCUCAUGGUCGAAUUCGAUGACGCUGAUGCAAUUCAGCGUCGGCUAUUUGCGCGGGUUGAAUACUACUUCAUGCUUGAACUGGAGAAGAUUCAUCCUGAGCAUAGAAAGACACUAUUGCAUCAAGGUGAAAUGGUGGCCGUGCUCUCUAAAAUAGCCAAGGAUGUACGCUUCGCGCGCGAAAAUAGAGUCGGCAAGAUUGAGAUGCUGAAGAAAUACCUCCGUGACCCUGAUAACGAUCUGAUCAACAUAGAUCCACCGCUGCCCUUACCUUUGAAUCCCGAUGUUUCAGUCGUUGGGUUAUACCCCGAGGAAUCCAAUGUCUUCAAGUCCACUCUUUCCCCUUUGCUUAUCACAUUCAAGACUUCUGAAGGUCGUCGUUAUCCGAUGCUGUUCAAAGUCGGUGAUGAUCUUCGCCAGGACCAAUUGGUUAUCCAAAUCAUCAUCUUGAUGGAUCGCCUUCUGCAGAAGGAGAACCUUGACCUAAAACUGACUCCUUAUCGAAUUCUUGCCACCAGCGCAACAGCCGGCGCUGUGCAGUUCAUCCCCUCGAUUUCUCUCUCUGCGGCGUCUGCCAAGUACAAAUCGAUUCUUGCCUAUCUACAGGCCAACAAUCCAGACGACAAUGAACCUCUCGGCGUCCGAAAAGAAACAAUGGAUACAUACAUAAAAUCAUGUGCAGGAUACUGCGUCAUCACAUAUCUCCUCGGCGUUGGCGACCGACAUCUUGAAAAUCUACUUCUAGCGCCAGAUGGCCACUUCUUCCACGCCGACUUCGGCUUCAUCCUCGGCCGUGAUCCAAAACCUUUCGCACCCAUGAUGAAACUUUGCAAAGAAAUGGUUGAAGGCAUGGGCGGCACAACUUCGCCCCACUAUCUGCAAUUCAAACAGUACUGCUACACUGCUUACACCACGCUACGCAAAUCCGCCAAUCUGAUUCUUAACCUCUUCAGUUUGAUGGUGGAUGCCAAUAUCCCUGAUAUUCGAGUCGAGCCUGACAAAGCCGUCCUGAAAGUGAAGGAGCGCUUCCAUCUUGAAAUGACCGAGGAAGAAGCCAUCCGUCACUUUGAGCAACUUAUUGCAGAUAGCGUCAAUGCUAUCUUCGGUGUUGUGAUUGACCGCUUGCACGAUUUCGUGCAGGGCUGGCGGGCAUAA